CACUUGAUCAUUUGAACUCAUUUCUCAAAAAAGAACUGAACAUUUGAAGUUCAAGUCAUUUCUUAUAUAUAAAACAAGAAUUGCAGUCAUGGAAUUUGGAGAAUCUCCAAUUUUUCGCGAGGUAUCCACUCCUAAAGGCAUGCAAUCUUCAGAACCAACGUUUCUCACUCGGCUGGGCGUCCAUGAACUCUACACAUUAGAGAUGUGGAGAGCAGCAGUUACUGAGCUAGUAGCAAGUGGUACAUUUUUAUUUACUCUCUCAACAGGCAUAAUCGCAUGCUUGGAAUCAAAACAGUCAGACCCUGAAUUCAUAAUCCCAAUUGUCAUCUUCGUUGUUGCUUUCCUUUGGCUUAUGGUGACGGUUCCUUUAUCCGGCGGCCUCUUCAGCCCGGCUUUUUCGCUCAUCGCAGCGCUAAGAGGCGUAAUAACCUUCGUUCGAGCUUUCUUUUAUUGUGUGGGACAACUUUGCGGUGCACUGAUAGCUUAUCUUCUAUUGAAAAUUGUAAUGGACCGCAACUUAGCACAAAAAUACGCUUUAGCUGGCUGCAUGAUUAACGGAAACGGAGCCGGCGUAAGCGUCGGAACAGCGCUGAUAAUAGAGAUAUUAUGCACGUUUAUGGUGCUAUAUGUUGCCAUGACUAUCAUUACAGACAAGCAAAAAUGCAUAAAUUUAGGGUUGACUAUGGUUUGUGUGAUCAUAUCAGGGAUUUAUGCAACGUCGGUUUUCGUAUCGAUUACGGUAACCGGACGGCCUGGAUACGGCGGUGUUGGGCUGAACCCGGCGAGAUGUUUAGGUCCGCUGCUGGUCAUGGGUGGUGAUUUAUGGGAAGGACAUUGGGUUUUCUGGGUGGGACCAUUUUGUGCUUGCGUAAUUUACUAUGGUUAUAGUUUGAUGCUACCGAAGCGAGGAUUUGUGAGAGCAGAGGUGGAAGAAGACCUUGUUAAGAUGAUUAGGAGUGCCUCUUGUGCGGAAAAGAAACGGAAUCCUGUCUCUAAACUUCCUUUUGUGUGUGUUUAAUUAUCUGCUUGUAUACCAAGUGUAAUUCUUCCAGGUUUUCAGUAAAUUGAUAACCUAGCUCGGAAGAAUUAUUCUUGUAAUUCUAUUAUGGGCUUAAUGAAAAGAAAUUAAAUAUAAUUAUAACAAAAUAUUCGUUUC